GUGACAUCCCAACCACUGGACACACAACUCCGUCGCUCUAUCUAGAGCACGCAAUUCUCACAAAUAUUUCCAAUUCCAGUCAGCACCCCCUCCCCCCCAAAACCAAAAUGACCACCACUCACGACCCCCUCGACAUCUCCGUCGACAUCUCCACCCAAGAGAUCAUCCUCGCCGCCUCCAACCACAACAUCCCGCUCCUCCGCCGCCUCUUCCGCGACAACCAAACCCCCAUCGCCAACCCCGCCAACGUCAAAGACACCGACACCGGGUUCACGCCGCUGCACGCCGCCAUCGCCGCCUGCGAGGUCGACAAAGACACCGACGCUGCUGCCAACGGGGUGCAGGUUAACGGAACGGAGCACGCAGCCGCAGAAGAGAAGGCCCAGGAUGAAGGCGUCGAAACAGUCAAGUUCCUCCUCCAUGAGGGCGCCAUCUGGAAUGAUUUGGAUCUUGCGGGUGAGACGCCAGGGUGUUUGGCUAGACGGCUGGGGUUGAUGGAGUUGUAUGAUCUUAUGGUUGAUGCGGGGGUUAGGGCUGAGUUGUUGUUGGGACGGUUGGAUGGGUAUGAGGCCUUGGAGGAUGAGGAGGAUGAGGAUGAGGAAGAGGAGGGUGAGAAGGAGGGUGAGGUCGAGAGUGAGGAGACAGCAGACGUCGAUGCUGAGAUCGUCGAUGCCCCCGAACUCGUCACCACCACCACCACCACCAUCAGCACAGACGCACCCACCACCACAACGUCAAACACAGACGUAACCAACCCGCGCUACCUCGACUCAACACUAACCUUCCAACACGACCGACUCCUCGACGCGGACCAAAACGGAGUAAUGAUGGCCUGGGAAAGCACCAUCAUGAAAAAGUCCGCGCAGAAGCUCCUCCCGACCCCCGGGCUCCGCGUCCUCAACAUCGGCCACGGAAUGGGCAUCGUGGACACCUUCCUGCAAGAGCUCUCGCCAUCGGAGCAUCACAUCGUCGAAGCGCACGCGGAGGUCGUCGCGGAGAUGAAGCGCAAGGGGUGGGCCGACAAGCCCGGCGUGGUGAUCCACGAGGGCCGCUGGCAGGAUAUUCUGCCGGGGCUGGUGGGCGAGGGUGUCAUGCUGGAUGCGAUCUACUACGAUACGUUUGCGGAGUCGUAUGCGGAUUUCCGCGAUUUCUUCAGUGAGCAUGUGAUUGGGUUGUUGGAGCAGGAGGGACGGUGGAGUUUCUUUAAUGGGAUGGGCGCGGACAGGCAGAUCAGUUAUGAUGUUUAUCAGAAGGUCGUGGAGAUGGAUCUGUUUGAGGCGGGCUUCGAGGUCGAGUGGGAGGAGUUUGAGGUGCCCAAGUUGGAUGGCGAGUGGGAUGGUGUUAGGAGGCCGUAUUGGUCUAUUGAGAAGUACAGGUUGCCGGUUUGUAAGUAUAUGGAUUAGAUUAGAUCAUGAUGAUGACGAUGACGAUGAUGAGGUUUAUGGGUGGGGGAAGAUUGGAUAGCAAUUGUCAUGAAUAGAAAGCAAGCAGCUGUAUGAAAUGCACCCGU